AUGAUUGCUGCUAGGAACUUCGUUGCCCCCACCCGCCAAUGCUUGCGGACCACCCGGGUGUCUCCUAGAAUUGCUUCGCCCUUUUCGCAGCUCCGUGGUUAUGCUGCCGCCGAUGAGCGUGUCGCCAAGUUCAAAGGUCAGAAGGAUACUGAUGGAAAAUAUACUGUGACUUUGAUUGAGGGUGACGGCAUUGGCCCCGAGAUCGCCCAGUCAGUUAAGGAUAUCUUCGCUGCCGCAAAAGCCCCCGUCAAGUGGGAGCCCGUUGAUGUGACCCCCAUCUUGAAGGAUGGAAAGACCGCCAUCCCUGACGAAGCAAUUAAGAGUGUGCAGAAGAACUACGUUGCCCUCAAGGGUCCGCUUGCUACCCCUGUUGGCAAAGGACAUGUAUCUCUGAAUCUCACUCUCCGCCGUACCUUCAAUCUUUUCGCCAACGUUCGUCCCUGCCGGUCCGUUGCUGGCUUCAAGACCCCCUACGAUAACGUCGACACCGUCCUCAUUCGUGAGAACACCGAGGGCGAAUACUCCGGUAUCGAACACGUGGUUGUCGAUGGUGUUGUGCAGAGCAUUAAGCUUAUCACCCGUGAAGCCUCGGAGCGCGUGCUGCGUUUCGCGUUCCAGUAUGCUCGUUCCAUCAACAAGAAGAAGGUGCGCGUUGUGCACAAGGCCACCAUCAUGAAAAUGUCUGAUGGACUUUUCUUGAACCUCGCUCGCGAGAUCGCUAAGGAGUUUCCUGAUGUCGAAUUCGACGCUGAGCUGCUGGACAACUCUUGCCUGAAGAUCGUCACCGACCCUACUCCUUACAACGACAAGGUUCUGGUCAUGCCUAACCUGUAUGGUGACAUUUUGUCGGACAUGUGCGCCGGCUUGAUCGGUGGCCUCGGUCUUACUCCUUCUGGUAACAUCGGUGAUGAGUGCUCGAUCUUCGAGGCUGUCCACGGUUCCGCCCCCGACAUUGCCGGCAAGGGUCUUGCCAACCCUACCGCUCUGCUUCUGAGCAGUAUUAUGAUGCUGCAGCACAUGGGUCUUAACGAGCAUGCUGCCCGUAUCCAGAAGGCUACUUUUGACACUCUCGCCGACGGCAAGGCCCUCACUGGUGACUUGGGUGGCAAGGCUAAGACGUACGAGUAUGCUGAGGCCAUCAUGAAGCGUCUUUAA